CUUUAGAUGGAAAUUCCAAUUGGCCAAUUGGUAUUUAAGCUUAUUCGAUAGGCCGACUCUAAUCGGUGCUUCAAGGUUGUCGGUGCGACAAACCGCGCGGGAGAGCGGGACUAAGAUGGUUACGUCCAUAAUCUCAGACAAGAAUGAUACGAUGCGCAAGGGAGAGUAUUUGCGUUUACAGGGGUAUUACCAGGAGAGCGGGAGAAAGCGAAGUAGCUUACACAUACCACGUACUUAGGAGGCACCGAAAUCCUACCCGCGAAACUGAAUAACUUACCUCUCCGAUGAGGUUGUCACUUCGUCUCCUCUUUCAUCCCGCAAGGAUUUAUUAUAACAAACGACAUCUCUGACCAAGUCAUCCUAUCGCCGGACUAUAUCUGAAUAACAUAGCGAAAUCUAUUCCCAUACAUAAUUAUUUGGUCCCCUAAGGUGAUCUUCCACAAUGACAGCUAACGGAACUCAGAACCGCGAUAAACCCGCAAAUUUCCAAUUGCACCUCAUCAUCAUCGGUGCCGGUCUAGCCGGGCUCGCGGCGGCCAUUAGCACUCGACUAGAAGGCCAUCGCGUCACUGUGUUGGAAAAAGUUUCCAAACUUGAGGAAAUCGGUGCUGGAUUACAGGUCACUCCUAAUGCGAGUCGCCUGUUCCAUCACUGGGGAGUUUACGAUGAGCUGAGCACCAAAGCUGCCAUUCCUACUUAUCUGGCGGUUAGGCGAUAUGACGGUACUCGACUGCUAUCGUACGAGGAACAUUUUCAGAAGAAGGUCCUCGAGCGAUACAAUGCCCCUUUUUGGGACAUUCAUCGUGCCGAUCUGCAAGAAGCGCUAGUAAAUCGUGCAAAGUUUCUGGGUGUUGAGAUUCGAUUGGGUGCUGACGUUCAACACGUUGACUUCAAACGUGCCGCCGUUACCACGCAAGAUGGUCGAACAGUGCAAGGCGAUCUCAUACUCGGCGCCGAUGGUUUGUGGUCGCGCACAAGGAGUUUCUUAUUAGGUCGGCAGCUAUCGCCGAAGCCGACCGGAGAUCUUGCCUAUCGGAUCAUUCUCAAUCUGGAGGAGGUACAGGAUCCGGAAUUACGAGAACUUAUCGCGAAGCCUUCUGUCAACUUGUGGAUCGGUCCAGAAUCCCACGUAGUGGGGUAUUCGUUGCGCCAGGGUAAGACGUACAACCUUGUUCUGCUACGCCCCGACGAUCUACCCGAAGACGUAAGCCGAGCUGCUGCUGAUGUGGAUGAGAUGCGGAAGCUAUUCGAGCCCUGGGAUCCUAUCUUGAGCAAGCUACUAGCGUGCGUGAACCAGGUCGAUAAAUGGCGACUUAUGCAUAUCUCCACCUUGGACGCCUGGGUGAACGACGAGGGUACCUUCUUAAUGGCCGGCGAUGCAUGUCAUCCCAUGCUUCCCUAUCUUGCUCAGGGUGCCAACUCCUCUCUAGAAGAUGGUGCCGUUCUCGGACGCUUGUUGAAAUACGUAACAAGCCGCGACAAGCUGACCCCGGCCCUCGAGAUGUACCAGCAGCUGCGAAAAAUUCGAGGAGAGGGGAUAGCAAAGGAGGCGUUAGGACAGAGGGAUUCAUUCCAUCUACCUGAUGGGCCCGAACAAGAGCAAAGGGAUGCCUUGCUUCUAGAAUAUCUUGGAAAAGAACCGCCACCGCACUUCCCGAGCCGAUGGUCAUGCCCGUCGGUGCAACCAUGGCUAUGGGGUUAUGACGCUAUCGUAGAAGCGGACAAGGCCUACGAGACUCAUCCCUUUUAGAUAAAACAGAAAGGUUCGUGGGGAAGCAAUGGAGUUACUUCGACGUGUAUGGGGUGAUCAAGUCAACUAUAUUAAAGAAAUAGACAUACAAGGGGGUUGUCGCAUUAGAAUAGUGGCUUUCCAAAUAAAUCUACCUAGUCCCUACCUACCUAAUAGCACUUAAGAUCCUGACAUAGCAAGACACUAUAAUUCCUCGUUAGAUUCAUAAUAGAGAUCAAAGAGGACUAAUUAUUGCUUAAGAG